AUGUUAGCACCAAAACGUCUCUCAGCCGCCACCACCAACCGUCUUUCUUUUCUCAGCUGCAGUUUCCAUUUAUUCACGCUAAGAAAGAGGUGCGCUAAGAAGAAAGGUGGCUGCAAAGAUGAAGACAGAAAGAGAUAUUCAGCUGGUGGACAAGUUCGAUGUGCAUUUAUGUGUGAAUCGGGAGGGAUUAAUGAUUUGGCUCAUAAUAGUAAUUGCUUAAUUUCUUUUUCUUUCUUUUUUCUUUCUUUUAUUUCACCUUUCUUUUCUUCUCUUUCCCUUUUUCCAUUCUCUCGUUCACCUUUCACUUCUUCUUUUUCCUCUUUUCAUUCUUUCAUUCACCUUUCUCGUCUCUUUUCCCUUUUCAUUCUUUCGUUCACCUUUCUCUUCUCCUCUUUUCCUUUUUCCAUUCUUUCGUUCACAUUUCUCUUCUUCUCUUUUUCUUUUUCAUUCUUUCGUUUAUUUUUCUCGUCUCCUUUUUUCUUUUUUCUUUCUUUUGUUCACCUUUUCCUUCUUCCCUUUUUUCAUUCUUUCUUUCACCUUUUCCCUCCUUCCAUUCAUUUCUUUUUUCCAAAUGUCUUUCCCUCUCUUUUCCUCUUUUUUCUUUCACCUUUCAUUUCUGUCUUCCUUGUUAUCUUUUUCUUUCUUUCUUUCUUUCUUUCUUUCUUUCUUUCUUUCUUUCUUUCUUUCUUUCUUUCUUUCUUUUAUAUUUGCCUUCCCUCUCUUUCGCCCUUUUCUAUUUAUUUCACAUAUCUUUCUUCUUCUAUUUUGUUCUUUCUUUCAACUUUGCCUUUCGUUUUUCUUUCUUUUCCCUUUCUUUCACAUUUCCUUUCGUCUCCUCUUAAAAUAGACUAA